AAACCAACGCAACGAACUACGCAACUUCCUUUUUCUCCGAGGCCAUAUUGGAGUCAUUUCACUGUUGGCCGGUUCGGAAUAAACCGCAAACAUGGUGGCCGCAAAGAAGACGAAAAAGUCCAUGGAGUCCAUAAACUCUCGUCUCCAGCUGGUGAUGAAGAGUGGAAAGUACGUGUUGGGCUACAAACAGUCCCAGAAGAUGAUCCGUCAGGGGAAAGCUAAGCUGGUGAUCCUGGCCAACAACUGCCCUGCUCUUAGGAAGUCAGAGAUCGAGUACUACGCCAUGCUGGCCAAGACUGGUGUCCACCACUACAGUGGAAACAACAUUGAGCUUGGCACCGCCUGCGGAAAGUACUACAGGGUGUGCACACUGGCGAUCAUUGACCCCGGUAAGGAGCUGCAGCCUCUCAUCCGCCCUGUUGAACAGAAGCAGCUAAUUCAGAAAUCGCCUCAGGUGUUCUGUCGAGGUUUCACUGAGAAGUUGACGGCUCAUAUCGUCACCUAGAAAUGAAAUCUAGUA